AUGGCUCGCAGGGGCGCUUUUAGAACCGCCAUUGCGUCAUGCGUCUUCGUGCUGGCGGCCUGUGCGGCGGCGGCGUCGCAGAUCAAGGGAGCCCCGGCUGCCGUCGAGAGUCUUAGCUUGGAGGAGCUGGAUGGCCGACUCCAGACAUGUCCCGUUGUCCAGGAGCUCAACACCGCCAAGCUGGCUCACUUCGAGGCCGCGCCCUCGUCCCUCACCACGAAGCUCUUCUCGGUGCUGUUCCCCGGCUCGCCCGCCGUGAAUGCGCUGCUGGCCACGCUCUACAUCUCCGGUCCGCCCAACUUCCUGCUCGCCCUCGUCCCGACCAACAUCGAUCCCUCCUCGCUAUCCGUCAUGGUGGCUUUUGCCGUUGGAGGCCUGCUCGGCGACACGCUCUUCCACCUGCUGCCCGAGAUCUUUGUUGGAGAAGACGAGCCGGACCGGGCCAAGUUUGUGCUUGUCGAGCCGAACCGCAACUUGAUCCUCGGCCUGGGCAUCCUCGUGGGCUUCAUGACCUUUGUGGCCAUGGAUAAGGGCUUGCGAAUUGCAACGGGGGGCGAGGGCCACGAUCACUCGCACGGACAUUCGCAUGGCGACGAGAAACGCGCCAGGACCGCAGAUGUCGGCCUCUCUACCGGCGCGAGCACCGUCGAGGGCGAGGCCAAGUCGAGGAAGAAGAGCGACAAUAAGGAGACUCAAGUGGACGAGCAGUCAAAGCUAAAGGAGAUCAACCCCAGCGUAAAACUAGGCGGCUAUCUUAACUUGAUCGCUGACUUCACGCACAACAUCACCGACGGCCUAGCCAUGUCCGCCAGCUUCUACGCCUCUCCCACCAUCGGCGCCACCACCACCGUUGCCGUCUUCUUCCACGAGAUCCCCCACGAGGUCGGCGACUUUGCGCUGCUGAUCCAGUCCGGCUUCUCCAAGCGCGCCGCCAUGGCCUCCCAGUUCGUCACCGCCAUCGGCGCCCUGAUGGGCACGCUCAUCGGUAUUGCCGUCCAGGAAUUCGGCUCCGGAGGUGCUGACGGCGAGGCCAUGCCGCGAAAUGGAGGGCUCUGGGGAACAAGCCUGACGUGGGGUGAUAUGUUGCUGCCAUUCACGGCGGGCACAUUUUUGUACGUCGGCACCGUUGCCGUCAUCCCAGAGCUGCUGGAGACUGGUCCCAACAAGGGCGAGGAGCUGCGAAAGACGCUUACGCAGUUCGCGGCUGUUGCAGCUGGCGCGGGCAUCAUGUUGUAUAUUUCAUGGCAUGAGUAA